GACACUUGAUAUUAACACUGACAGUGACACAAUAAUAAUCAGCAAGCGAAAUCAUCAAUUUAUUUCUAUCUUAGCGAUAUUUUGUAUUAGUUUUUUGUAAGAGAGUUACGACAAGGAAUUUAGAUUAAAUUGCAGUUGAAUCUACUACACACUACGGACAGUAUCAUCAUCAAAAUAGUAAUAAAAUAUGGGUCCUCCGCCUGUAGUUACAGGAAUAUCUCCAAAAGAAGGUCCACCAGGGACCAGGGUUACAAUACGUGGAGAAUUUCUGGGCACUAGCGCAACAGAUCUCAUAGGCUUAAAGAUCUGUGGAUGUGACUGUUUACUGUCAGCGGAAUGGAAGAGCAAGAACAAAAUAGUGGCACGCUCGGGUCCGUGCAAGGGUCGGGGCGAUAUUAUAGUGACAACACGAUCUGGUGGAGAAGGAACUUCUACUGUGCAGUUUAGAGGUUAUCAUGAAUCAAUAGGUCCUGUGAAAGAGAGUGCAGUAUGGGUAGAGGAGGCAGCUCCUCCCUCCCUGCCAUGGGGUCGACGACCUAUGUCCCCCACUACUUACACACCUCCUGACCCUCUAGGACUCUCCACUGAAGGAGAUGACUGUAAAUUCCCUGAAGAAGAGUUGAAUGAAAUGUUUCCUGAUGGUUCUGGUAAGCUGUCUGAUGAUAACUUCCAGCCUGGCUGGUAUUUGCUAGAACACCACAGCAAUACUUCAUAUGAGGACCUCAAAGCUGGAAUGGUAUUUCUACAAAGAAAGGUGGAAGGCCAAAAGGAAGGUCAGCUAAGUUUCCUGAAGGCAAACACAGGAGCUGUGAUGGAUCAGCUGGAUCGGCUUGUUCUGCUGAAGAACAUGUAUGAAGAGGAUGAGAGGAAGAAUGGCAAGGAACCACUGCCUAGCCUGCAGGCUGCUAUAGAAGAAUCGAUCACACUAGCAGACUCUCUAUUUUCGGAGAUAUUAUCGAGAAAAGAUAACGCCGACAAGACUCGCGAGGCGCUCUCUUUGCUAACACGUCACAAGUUCCUGUUCCAACUGCCCGCGUCCAUAGACAGGAAUAUCAGGAAGAAGGAGUAUGACCUCGUGGUCAACGACUAUACUAGAGUCAAGAAUCUCUUUGGCAAUACUGAUGUUAAGUUGUUUCAAAAAAUCCUCGCUGAGAUUGACAAGAAGAUAGAGGAUUUAAAAGAGAAAUUGUAUACGAGAAUGAAAACCAUGCCAAUCAAUGUUCAAGAGCAGACCAAGUAUAUAAGGUUACUGAUUAGCUUGAACUGGGAAGGUGACGCCGCAUGGGUCGCUAUUACUAGUCGGAAAGAGUAUCUCAUGAAUCUGAUGAACAAGGUAAAAGAUCACUUCAGACAAAAAGAGGAACAGGAAUCCAAUGAGAAAGGCAAGCGCAAGUCGAAGGAGAGCGAGUGCUUGGGCGGGUGGGGCGCGGUGCGCGGCGCCUGGGUGGCGGCGGCGGCGGGCGCGCUGGCCGCGCAGCUGCACGCGCUGUGGCCGCUGGCGCGACGAUACUUCGCGGGGGAACUCGCCGGGGAACCAGGCUCCGCGCAGCGACAGGCCGACCUCAAGGAAAUGAUAAUAGCAGCAGUGGAACUAUUUUCGUCCCACAUGCGAGCGUGCCUGCUGGCCCCGGGCGGCGCCAAGUUGGUGCCCACCGACACUCUGCGCGUGCGGCUCGUGGCCAACCUCCGACACUUGAGGGAGGCUUACGACUCGCUACUCAAACUGGACCUACCUUCACAGCCUCUCAGUAUCGUAGAAAAAGUGAUAUUCGAUUACCGUGUGCACGGUAUGACAGUCUUCCUGCAGCGAGCUCAUAAACGCGUGAAGGGGCUCGCAGAGAAGGAGACGUGGAAGAUAGAAGAGUAUUCUGACUACGGAGCUAUUACUAAUCUUCCAAAUCUACUAGAAACAUACUUGAACGAGGCUUUCUCAGCGAUCCACAAGUGCGUGGUGACGAGUGGUCGCCGCGAGAGCCCGCUACUGGCCGAGCACAGCGAGCCGGCCGCCAUCUUGCAGAAACACACGCAACAGAUACUGCUCGCAUAUGUCACUGUACUACAGGACCUGGCUUUGAAUCAUGAGGACCAGGUACAUUAUGUUGGGGCGGGCGCGGGCGGCGGGGCGGGGCGCGGCGCGUGGCAGCUGCGCCUGUUGCUGGGCGGCGCCAACGCGGCCUACACGCGCCGACACACUCUCGCCGCCAUCGCCACUGCUAUACACAACUUCGGUUUCCCCAAGCAGAAUCAAGCUCUGCAGGCGACGAAGGAAGCUCUCAGUACAUUGGAGAGUACUAUCGCUGAGACGUACUUGGAACACAAAGGAGAUCCGUUAGUCGGCACUAUAGAGCCCAGCAUGGACAUGGGACGACAUAAGACUGAUGCCGACGCCAUUGUUGACGAUGCUAGGCCCUACGUCUAUGAAAUCAUCAAUAAUCUUAUUGCUGUUCACGCUGAGGUGGACAGUGUGAGCGGCGCGGCGUCCUCGCGCUACGUGCGAGAUAUUUGUGAGACGGUGUGUGAGGAGCUGGCGCGGCUGGCGGCGCUGGUGUCGCCGGGCGCGCCGAUGUCGCCGGCCGCCGCCUUCCAAGCUCGCCUCGAGUACACACUGCUACGCCUCGCCUGCGCUGAGCAUCUCACCAGAAAGGCUGAAAACCACUUGAUGGAAGCGCUAGCUGGUAUUCCUCCCAUAGAAAGCGAAGAAGAAAAGAAACGAAUGGACACAAUAGUGCAAGGGUUCAAGAAGAGAAUGGAGCUUCAGCUCGCCAGCCUGAAUUGCAACAUGGAGACUGUGUAACGUAUAACGUAUACAUAUAUACUAAGUAUAGUUGCAUCUAGACUAGAUACUUAUAUAGUACUGUAUUUGUAUAGUAAUUAUCUUAAUAAAUAUUGAGUUUAAUUAAUAUUUACACACAUUCAUUUAAACAUAUUCAUCGCCCUUACAAAUCAUGAUUAUGAGUCCCGGUCUGCCUCGAAACUAUUCGAGCGUCCUCGAAUAUGUUUAACGUGAGUAAAUGUUAUUUAAAUUAUGUGAUGUGUAUAUUGGUAGUUAGAUUGAUGUAUGUAAUUAUAUAUUUGGUUGAAAACCAAAAGCUUUAAAAGUAUUGAUAUUUUAUAAUUAUGGAUUAAUAUUAUUGAUUUCGUGCUAUUUUAUAAUCAUUUGUUUGUAAAUGUGCCUGCUAGGUCGCAAGACUUAAAAAUGGAACUGUACGAGAUUUAUAGAAGGUGUUGCAAAAUAAACGCAUGAUCUUGCAGGUGCUGGUUCAGCCCGUUACAGUUAACAACUUUAGUUCCAAGAUUUUUCGAUAUUCAAAUUCAAAAUGUAACUUUAGAAUUCCCAAAAGUUCUAAAACAAAUAAUGUUCGUUUGUAGCUGUAAACAGCAUCGAAUAGGUGUUGCGUAUAUUUUUACACUUAUAAAAUAAUAAUAGAAAUGUAAAUUAUAUAAAACCGCUCGUUUAUAUCUUUAUUAGAUGUUUAUUAACUAUUUAAAAGCGUAGUUUAAG